AUGCGCAAGCCAGGCAACGUGGGAGGGGAGCGCCCCUCGCCGUCCUUCCUGACGCAAGAGCAGCGGGAGGCGCUGGACGCGGCGCUUUCGAAGAAGCGCGCGGAGCAGCCUGCACCGCCCUCGGUGGCAGCGAGCGGCGAGGAGUCGGUGAGCAAGCCGCAGCUGGGCAAGAACCCGCACAGCGAGGGCAUCAAGACCAAGCGCGACCUGCAGCACGACCACCACCUCAACCGCAAGGGAAAAGGCACUGGCCGCACCAAGAAGAGCGGCGCGGGCGGCAAGUACACGUGGGGCGCGCAGCUGAUGCCCGACGGCGACGAGGCGGCUGUGGACCCCAAUGACCCAAACUACGACAGCGGCAACGACGACAGCCGCACGGUGUCGUUCCACGAGGAGCGAACCACGCAGAUAGCGGUGUUCAAGAAGGCGGUGGCCAUGCUGCUGGAGGAGUACUACAACAGCGGCGACCUGAAUGAGGCCGCGGAGCUGGACCGCCCCGAGUUUGGCCACUACUUUGUGAAGCGGGCGCUGGCCACCGCGCUGGACAAGCACGACCGGGAGCGGGAGAUGACGAGCGUGCUGCUGUCCACGCUGUACAACGAGGUGAUUGUGCCCAGCCAGGUGCGCAAGGGCUUCAUGGCGGCCAUCGACGCAAUGGACGACCUCAAGCUGGAUGUGCCGGACGUGGUGGAUCAGCUGGCGCUGUUCAUAUGCAGGUGCGCAGGCAGGGCUGGCUGGUGCUGGUGCUGGGGGGCUGCGUGUGGCGUGCUGGACGGCCCUCCGGCCUCGCUGGGCGCGGAGCUGCAGGCCAAGUGCGGGCUGCACCUGGGGGCCAAGCACAGCGGCGAGCGCCUGCAGCGCUGCUGGGGCAGCGGCGCGGGCUUCAAGUUUGACGAGACCAAGCAAAGCAUCCGCAGCAUGCUGCAGGAGUAUGCAUCCAGCGGCGACAAGGAGGAGGUGGCGCGCAUCCUGCGUGACCUGGCGGUCCCUUUCUUCCACCACGAGCUCGUCAAGCAGGCGCUGCUGCUGGGCAUGGAGGCGGCCAGCCAGGAGGCGUGGCUGGCGCUGCUGGGCAAGCUGAGCGAGACGGGGGAGGUUUCGGCCAGCCAGAUGACAAAGGUGGGGCUUGCGGGGGCGCGCCUGUGUGUGCCUGGCACCCCCGGCACCCCCGGCGCCGAGCUCAACGGCACCGCCCACACCCCCUUCCACCCGAGCGUGCAAGCUUUCAAGACCGCCGCCCUCGACAUUGUGCGGGAGUACUUUGAUUCGGGCGACGCGGGCGAGGUGGCGCACCGCCUGCGGGAGCUGGACGAGCCCGGCUUCCACAACAUCUUCGUCAAGCACGCCAUCCAGCUGGCCAUGGACCGCAAAGACCGGGAGCGGGAGCUGGUGUCGGCGCUGCUGCCCACCCUGGUGCCGGCCACCAUCUCGGCAGACCAGGCGGAGCGCUGCCUGCAGAACCUUAAUGUGCCUCACUUCCAUCAUGACUUUGUGGCCAGGAGCCUGCUGGCCGCGUUUGGGAGCGAGGGCGAGGCGGGCAAGGUGCUGGGGCUGCUGCAGCAGCUGGCGGACAGCGGGGAGGUGAGCCAGACGCAGAUGGCCAAGGGCUUUGCGCGGGUGGAGGCCAGGCUGGCGGACACGGCGCUGGACCUGGCCCGCGCCCCCGAGCUGUACCAGCAGUACAAGCAGCAGGCCCUGGAGCAGGGCUGGCUGCCCGCCGCGUGA